AUGGCAGGACGGAAGGCUUAUAUUCGUCUCAGCGGAAUACCCGAGCCCCCAAACGAGGCUGCUCGGCUGGUAGAUAAGUGGAUAGCGUUCGUCUCCCAAGGAGGGCGUGACACGUCUGCCGAAGCUCCGUGGAACAUUCGCCACCGGGAGUGGUUGGAGAGAAAGGCAAGAGACGAUCUAAUGGAUAUCGGUUACGAGUACGACUCAAAGGAUGGAAUAAGAAACGGGGCAAUCUCCAAUGUGGAAGCGGAUGCUAGGUCGGCAACAGCCCCUAGAAAUCGGACCAGAUCUCCCUCUGUUGAGAUCAAAGAAGAACGAAGAACCCCGGAAGAAAGCAUCCGUGAUGAUGUUUCUUUGCUCGACCUCGGGUCUAACAAACCAGAGGGGUACAGAGAACGUAAACGAAGGAGGGCACGCAGCUUCAGCGAAAGAUCGACGAAACGGCUCGCAGAUCAGGCUACCAGAGACACCACUGUCUCCCGCUCAGUCGAUGAUCAGCUACAAACGCCGCGUCUUCAGGCUCCCUUCGUCCUGGGACAGCAGUCCCCUGAGGGCGCGUUCCCUAACACUGCACAGGCACCAAGCAGCCCAAUCGAGCAAAUUAUAAGGAGCUCGUCAACUGGUCCUAAGCCGAAGAAGGACAAGCAUGGCCUCAGCAAAGUUCGAGUGGCCGCCUGUGGAGAAAAGAUACUGGAACACGACGCCAAGAUUGAGAGCAUCGAGACCCGACUGAAAUCGGCCAAGGACAGAUCUUCGUUCUACCGAGCGAGAGUUGACGAAAUGCAACAGAAUCGACGAGCUUUACCGGAAAUUCAACAGCCGGGAUACUACAUCAGAGACGAACUCCGAAGACAUUGCAGCGCGGUUUUCACGCAGGAGCAGCAACGCGUGAGCGGUCGUAUCGAUGACCUUCAAAAGGAUGUGAUAGUUCAAAACACCCGGCUGGAGGACUGCCAGAAGGCAAUCAAAGAUGACAUUCCUAAAAAGCUCCGAAAAGGAAGGGCAAAAAUCAAGAAGAGUCUUACCGCACACAUCGCCCAGCUCGAGGAAAGAAUUAAGGCUUUGGAGAAGGCGGCCGGACACCAGAAAGAGGACUCGGCAAGCGACAUCGAGCGCUGA